UUGAUUUGACAGUUGACUGACAUUUCAGUAGAGCUGCCGUGUCGUGUGUCUUUCAGACGAAAUUUAUUUAUAAAAAAGCUUUCAUUUUGUCUAUUUAUAUACGAACUCAAUUAGCUUUAACCACUAUUUUGGUAUAUCAUAGGCACUAAGAGCUGCUGUGUUUAUAUUGGCUACGUAAUACGCAUCAGUAAUGCGGACUCUUUGUGUUCAGUUUUCGCCCAAAAUACCGCGUUUGUUUACUACACACAGCCCAAAAGUCGGUGCUACGUAUUAGUUCUACUAUUCCUAUAUUCAUCUACACGUUUGUCUACUCGAGUGCGGUCAGAAAAGUGUACUUUUUCAAUAAAUGUUACGCGCACGUCUAUUUCAUUGAUAAGAUACUAAUCUGGUUUGCCCAGCUGAUUAGGACGUUCGAAAAGUGCUAAUCUUGUCCGAAAUAGUGAUAAUAGGCGUCAAUAAUGUUGCUGUGACAGUCAAAUAUUGUGAUUUUGGAAGGUUAUUAAUUUAAUCAGUAUGAAUUUUUAAAACAAUUUAAAUUUACGUAGAAGAUGCCAGGAAAGAUCAAAGUGAAGGUGCUGGCGGGUCGUAACCUGCCGGUGAUGGACCGGGCCGGGGACACCACUGAUGCCUUCGUGGAGAUCAAGUUUGGUGGAGUCACGCACAAGACGGAUGUGUGCCGAAAGUCCCUGAACCCGCACUGGAACAGCACCGAGUGGUACCGGUUUGAGGUGGAUGAGUCAGAGCUACAGGAUGAGCCACUGCAGCUGCGGCUGAUGGACCACGACACCUACUCCGCUAAUGACGCCAUCGGGAAGGUGGUGAUUAGCCUGGCGCCGCUGCUGGCUCGAGACACGGCGCACACCAACAAGACGCCCGCCGCCGCCACGCCCAGUGGAGCGGUGAUGUCGGGCUGGAUCCCGGUGCUAGACACCAUGCACGGCAUCAGAGGAGAGCUGAACGUCAUCGUGAAGGUGGAACUGUUCUCCGACUUCAACAAGUACAAGACCUCGUCGUGUGGCGUGCAGUUCUUUCAUUGUCCAAUGAUCCCUCCAGGAUACAGAGCGUCCGCGAUCCACGGGUUUGUAGAAGAACUGGUCGUGAAUGACGAUCCAGAGUACCAGUGGAUCGACAAGAUCCGCACCCCGAGAGCUUCUAAUGAAGCCCGCCAGGUGGCGUUCAUCAAACUUGGGAAUCAGGUGCAACGGCUGGUGGGUCUGAAGGCGGCAGAAUUAGGUGCAAACGCCGUGGUGGGGUACCAGCAGGACUUCGACCUCGAGGGCGAGGCGGGCGUCGUGGCGCGGGCCAUCGGUACAGCAGUCAGCAUUACCCCCCUGCCUACACCGAGUAUACCCACCAACAUACCGCCCUGCAGUCAACAACAACUAAAACAGUACUUGGACAUUUUGUCGACGGAUAACGAAAAUAUUCCCGAUCUGAACCAGUAUUUUUCGACCCAUCAAGAUGAAUUGCAGAAACUGGUCAGCAUAUUGCAUCCGAAGUAUUCCUCCAACUUCUUGGAUGAGGGGGAGAAUCCUGAUGAUGAAGAGCCUAGCAACAGCCUGAUGCGGCAGUCCAGCAUCAAGAGCUACACAGAUAGCGUUUCCAUUUACCAAGACGAAUACGCUUCCCAUAAAAGUUUCCAAACAAUUACCGAAGACCAAACUGAUCUGAAUAAGCUUCUGAAUCGCAUAGAAAAAGAUAACUCUGAUGCUGACUCGGAUUCUUCAGGUCCCAUGCAGACUAUUAAAAAGAUUAAGUCCAACUUUUUCGUUAAAAAACUCGGCAGUCUCCGUCGUAAAUCUGAUAAGAGCGAGAAAUCGAACAAAGCAAACGAACGCGAUGAUACAGUAUCUAUAAAGUCAAAUUCUUCAGAUACUUCAAAGAUAUCUUUGAGUGAUCUGAAGAAUGAGUUCAAAAAGCGUUUGAAAAAGCCAAAGUUUCGUAAACCGCAGUUCAAGAAUCUAUCUGACCAGGGUGUAGGUAUGGCGUCCAUCCUCGCCCGGUCAGUCAUCCACGCCCAUACUAGCCUGGCUUGCAUCGCCGAGACGCAGGAUUCAGAGACUUCCCCCGCGUCAACGCUUAGAAGAACUAGCGAAUCCGAACCAACAAUCAACAUGACGGAUGAGGAAAUACAGAAACUCCAACCGAAGAUUGUGCCAGAAAUUUUCGAGGAGGAUAAUUACGAAAGUGGCCCGCCAGUAGACCGAUGCGUUUCGCUUAAAGACCUCAAUUUAGAGCAGGACAAAAACGUCUUGCCUGUCGAGAGACCUAGGAAGACUUCUGAGUCUUGCCCGAGUACCCCUGUUGCUGCGCGGCAAGAAAACCUCCUAGCGUUGCCUGGAAACGAGAGUUAUUUCGGCUCCGCAUCUUCAGUCGUAUCUGGAGAGAGCUCGGAAAUGUACUCGAGUUCCGAAGGGAGCGAGGAUAGCUCAGAUCUAAAGACGGACACAGACCGCUCCAUCGAAACCACGAGCUCUGUGGUCCACACUGUCUUAGCCCACGAUGUCAACUCAACAUUGGUCGAGCAGAUGGAACGAAAACUGAGCAUUAUCAGCGGCACCACCCCCGAACCCGAAGCCACGCCCACCGACCAGAACAGAGAACCUUCAAACGCCCCCGAAGUGGAAAACAACAAAAACGAGCAACGCGAAACCGAAAAAGCCUCCACAUCGUCAGAUGCGAAGCCCGAACCGUUCGUAAUUGAAAGACCCAAUAACCAUCACUUUAAGUUUCACAAUCCUUUUACUCACAAAAGCAAGAGCAUUAGCGCGCCCUCAUCGCCUGUAGAGAAACGAGAAGGCUUCGUCUAUCGCUCAUCCAGACGCAUCAGGCGGCAGUGGUCCAAGAUAUCCAAAAGCAACACCAUCAAAAGCUUGUCCCAUUACUCGCUUAUAUCGAAGAAAAAGCAUGCCGACAGCAAAUCUACCAUGAGCCAGCCUGGCUCUUCCUCCGACGUCCCCUCAAAAGCCCCCAGCGAAACUGUCCUGGGGUCCCCCUUCCUUUCAUACACAGAUCUAAUGAGCUUAGACAAAGAAGGUCCUGAGCCUAGCAAAGCAUUUCACCGAAGUGAUGAGAUUCAGUACAACAGAGUCCAAAUGUACAUUGGAUCUGAACCCGCUUCCCGUGCUUCUAUCAGUGUCCCCUCAUCUCCAUAUCAUGGUAAAGAUGACUACAGCAUCAGCGAGCAGAGUCACAGAUCUCAGAAGAGAGAUAAAUUUGCCGUCAAACCCAUAGGGCUCGUUCACACCGCUAUGGAAACGAUUCUCAUGGACAAAGUCCAGGCAUUACUCAUAUCCACCUCUCCCAAACCCAACAGGCAAAGGAAAUUCUUCGAUGACGUCAACGAAAAAUUGGAAAAAGUUGAGGUAGCCCGGAAGAGCAUCGACGAACUUAAACCUGAACAGAAAUACGAUCCGAAUCAAAACAAAAUUCCUCCUGUCGAUGGUAGUGACAAAAAAGCCGUACAAAGCAAAACAUGGUCGCAAGAUCCGAGUGACUCCAAUCUGGAAACCUUAAAUAUUCAAAAAGAUGAGCAUCAUACAUUGUCUAAAGAUCCCAGCGUUUCCAACCUUGAAGCGACCGAACCAACCGAUCCCGAAAUAUUAUCCGAAAACAACGGUAAAAGAUCCUCCGAAUCCGAUUCCAAAAACGGCAAAAAGCUGACGCGUCAAGACAGCGUCCACUCCACUACAGAAUCCGAACGCAAAAUGUCCAACGAAUCCGAAUCUAACAUCGUCAUUCCAUGCAAAUCCUUAACCCAAUGUGGUCCGAUGCUGCAACACUUCCAUCCAAUCAUGAGUGGUUCACACGCGCCUUUAGAGACCAUCCCCUCUUUGCCGGAGAGUUCUAGCGUCGCGCAGAGCUUAGACCUAGACGACGACCUAGAUAUUAACUGUGUUAGUGUGUGUGAUAACACGCAUGCAGCGUGCAGUGACAUUGUCGGCAGGAGUGAGCGAGACAGGGAUAGAGAGAAGGAGCGAGACAGGGGGUCGCCUCGGCACACUCGGCACGAGUCGUGUGGGAAGGAGAUGACCGCCGUCGCCGCGUCGGCUUUGAAUUCGUCGUUGAACUCGACGUCGACGCCGGUCGGGAUGCAUCGCCGGUCGUCCGACUCGGACCUCAGUAUCACGCCUAAAGGAAGCUCUCUAAACGCAUCCGGCAACACCGGAAGCGGCGGUGGCGCCAUCUUGCGGCCGUCCAUGAACAGCAACAACCUGGAGUUAUUGGAGUACCCCUUCCUCACCAUGAGCCAUUAUCCGCACGGGUUCAUCGUCAAUAUUGGAGGCUGCGUCUGCGCACGUUCUGUAAAACUAGUAGACGGCGGGUCAGCCCUCGCCAUGCGCGCCGCCUGGUGGGCUGAGCUAAGAACUGAAGUGAGGGCGCACGCGCGGGCGUUGAGAUGCAACGCGCUACUCGCGUAUAAGGAGACUGCUAAUAUAUGUGAGGAUGUUUGCGUCCUUUCCGCUUCCGGUACGGCGGCUGUCAUAAAUUUGGACUGUGAUUUGAACACAGAAAUAGACGCUAACAUAGCAGGUCAAAACGGCUCAAAGACGGCAGUAGACGAUUUUGAGUCGUUAGAAAGUUGUGGCGUCGCGCACAUCCCAUACUCGCCCGCCGCCGCGCCCUCUUCUGAAAGAUACCAUUGUGGACACUGCCGCCGUGCCCGGGUGCCCUCUGUGCUGCUGGCGACGUGCGCGAAGCCGAACCGACUCACCUCCCACUCCAAAGCCAUCACCUUGACUGCCGUUGCGGCCCGCGCCCGCCGCGCGCCCCCGCAAUCUGAACCUGGCGCCAGAGACAUCUCGGACCAGCUGCCGUUCCUAGAGUAUGAACUGCAUAAGUUGCUGCUAGCCAAGCUAAGGAUGCAGGGUGCAAACGCGAUAUUCAACCUGCAGACGCAGAUAGCGAUAGGCGAGCGCUGUGUGAUGGCCCUGGCGAGUGGAACAGCCGUCCGACUGGCCGCCUUACCGCCGCCCACACCGCCCAGGAUCAAGGCAUCAGAGAAAGACAAAGACGCGCUGGACAUACAGCGGGCCCUGUGGGAUGCCUUCACUGCCAACAAAGCUGCCAAUGGAUACGAUAUAAUUCCGGACGUGAGCCUGGCGCCACUAUCGCUGUCUGACGCGGAAGAGCCGCCCGCGCUUGAACUGUGUGCGGAUAAAGAUGCGGCCUUGUUGGAGCUGGAUGAGGCUGAGGACGUGGAAACGGCGCGCUCGCUAGCCGUGCGGCGGCAGCACAUGCCGGUGUUCUGUUAUGGAAUGAAGCCUAAAGCCGCCGCGCCGCCGCAGGCCUUCGUACAGGUGAUCCGCGCCCGCUUCCCGCUGUCGUCGGUCGGCGGCGCCACCGUCGCGGCGGAGAGACACGUCGCGCGCGCCCUGGACGUAGUCACCUACAAGCUGCGUCGGUUGUCGCCCGCCGCGCUCAUAGAGCCCGCCUUCCAACUGGAGCUGCCUGAGGACGAAAUCCAACUAGUCCUAUCCGGCGCAGCACUACAACUCCAAGACCCAAAUAAACCGGAACCCGCCACCAACGGAACCCACGACGCGUCCAACAACAACGGAACCCCGGCCGACGGACCCCUGGUCCAUAGCCAGGCUAGUGGUGAUGGUGAUGAUGAGAUAUUCGCGUUGGAUGAGGAACAGGCGCCGAGACAGGAGAAGGUUACGGAGAGUUUUGAAGAGAAGAAUGUCGUUUUGAAUGGACAGGUACCAACAACAGUGUCACUGACCUCUCAAGCAGUGAUCCCGGGCGCUAGAAUAGUCCGUCGCAUUUGCCUCCUCCGCCUAUUAUUCGUUCGAGAAACGACCACCGUACGCGAAUUAGGCGGCCUCAGCGGAUUUUUACAUGCACUUACUAGUGAGGUGAUGGCGAUAGUGCGCGCGUACACGGCGGCACUGGGGGGCAACGCGCUGACGUCCUUCUACAUCACGCAACUCAUGCUGCAGGACAACGCGCACAAGAACCAGGGUCAAUGCCUGAUGUCUGUAGGAGGGGAUGUGGUGCACAUCACAUAUUGAAGAAUAG